GGGAAAUGUCAAAAGUACUUACUGAAUUUAGCUAGCUUUUCGUUUACUAACAAAUCUUUAAAAGUACUAAGCCCAAAAUGACUGUGGUGCUAGUUGACAGACUGAAAGUUUGUCAAAUCAGCAGAAACAAUAAUUCCACUUUCUUAAGAUACAUGCUGAGACAUCUGACUGCUUACUACAACUAUAUCGCCAUAUUUUGGAUCCUUGCUUCUACCUCCAGUCUCAUAAUUAACAUCUAUUCUUUGUUCAUCAUUCCGAUGGACCCUCUUGGAUACCUUUUGCUAGCAUGGAAAACAGGCAUGUUGUUGAUCCUGCUUAUCUACUGGAUCGUACACGUUGACAUGGCCAAUAUCAGUGAUGAUGUCACGAUAUGUAUGUUCCAAUAUCCAGUGAGUAAAUUAACGAAAUUAGAAGCAGCUCAAUUUGAAAUGCUGAUAAAAACACUGAUUAUACAAAAGCCUUUAGUCAAAGCAUCAGAUAUAGUCACGAUAAAUUCUCAGCUGCUAGCAUCUGUGAGUAUUAUGGUUGAACUUAUUUCUUGUUUCACUCUACUUUUUUAG